GGAAGGUGAAAUUCUGGUAAAAGCUGCUGCAAAACACAAUAAUUCGCAAGCGUAAAAGUUAAUCGAAAUUUGUUUUUGGUGUCGCUUUAUAAACAACACUUUUCUAGACGUGGUUAUCUUAUUCGAAUGCAAAAAGUAUCAAACAUGAGCUUUAAUGGUAAGAUUACCGUGUUAUGAAGUGCUGUGUUCGCGAUUUAAAAGAACAAAACCAUGAGUAGCAUGAAUAUGAAAGGUGAACCAAUGUUUGGAAUGCAGCUAGUAGCCGAACCGUCCGGCACCGGCAGUAACGACCCCGGCGCUAAGAACCAUUAUAUCGUCCAGCAAGUUCCACCGCCAGGAGUGUUCCGAUAUAACAACACCGUUUUGGAUAACUUGGAGAUAAAACAAAUUAGUCUAGCUGACAUAAUGCGCAAACUGACAGAACUUGAUAAAAAAGUCGACAGCCUAGCCGAAUGCUGCCUCAAAACAAAGCAAGUCGUAGAAAACCUGCAGCAAACGAACUGCGCAGCGAAAAACCAAAUUCCAGUAGUAAUAAACCGUUUCGAUCAGGAGGUCAGCGUGGAAUUUCCGGUGGAAAACGAUAGCGGACUGGCGCGGUUGGAGGAGCUGGCCCGAACGGACGUGGGAGCUUUCGUGCUAAGGAAGAAAUUCGACCACCUGUCGGCAAAAUCGCCGUACGAUCUGCUACGGAAAGCCGUUGGAUAUUUGUUCUGCAACACCAGCCGGUACACGUACAGCGGCCGAACGGCACACAAUGCAAAGCAUGAGUUCCCAACGCUGGCCGCAAGUGAACUGCAAAUCAUAAAAAUUUUGUUAGAAACGGCAAUGAGUAAAUUUCACAUGGAUCAACAAACGGCGACAUCCGAAUUGAUAAAAUCAAUCAAUAAUUUCAAUGAUGCAUGUACAACACGAAAAAAGCGGAAACGAGAGUAAAUACUGGAUUAACUAAUCAAGAAAUGAUUGGUUAGGAGGCAAACCCUAAGGGAGCUUAAUGUUAAGGUAAAAAUAUAG